GCGAGCACGCGCCGGCGCCCCGCCCCGUCCAGGCGCGCCCCCGCCCUGCGGCUCUCCGGGCGGGGGGCCACGUGAUUUCCUGGAAAGAGGGCAAGGCGCUAGGUCUCUUUAAGUUUCGCUUUCCACUUUGCAAACGCUGCCAGUUGCUGCGACGGGCGGGUUGGGACUGCGGGGUCCGCUUCUGUCUCCGUUCCUCUCGCGCGCCCCAGCCAUGGCUCAGCUGCUGCGCGCGCCCUCGGCCCCUUCCCUGGUGGGCUUGGAAGAGGAGCUGACCUGCUCCAUCUGCCUGUGCGUCUUCGAGAGCCCCGUGACCACCCCGUGCGGCCACAACUUCUGCCUGCCUUGCCUGGAGAUGACCUGGUCGGGCUUGCUGAGGAACUUCUGCUGCCCUCAGUGCAGGAGCUCCUUCGACAGUCGCCCCGAGCUGAAGAAAAACACGGUCCUGUGCAGGGUGGUGGAGCAGUUCCAGAGCGCCCAAGGCGAGCCCGCCGAGAAGAAGAAAGGCCUUGGAGAUGCCACCACCAAAACCAGCACCACCACCACCACCAGCACCCGCUCUUCGGUGGCCUGUGACAGUUGCCUGGAGAAGGUGGCCGACAAGACCUGCCUCACCUGCAUGGCCUCCUUCUGCCCGGAGCACCUGCGGCCGCACCUGGAGAGCCCCGCCUUCAAGGGCCACCAGCUGGUGGCGCCGGUGAAGGACCUCCAGCGGCGGAAGUGCCAAACCCACCAGAAGCUCCUGGAGUUCUAUUGCAAGGAGCACAGCAGCUGCAUCUGCUGUUUUUGCUUGGUCACGCACAAGGCGUGCGCCACCGUCCCCUUGCAAGAGGCCAAGGACGAGAAGGAGUCCCAACUGAAGCAGAGACUAACGGAACUCUAUGCUCUGAACGAGAAAGCUUUGCAGUCCUUGGACCAAGUGCGAGUGCAGCAGAAGCAAACCAGUGAUACAGCUAAUCGGAAGUUGGACCUGCUGAAGGCAGAAUUCCUGGAAAUUAUUGCUUUAAUUGAAGAGGAAGAAAAAGAAGCUGUGAAGAAAGUCCUAGCGGAGGAGAAAAGAGUCCAAGAUAAAUACGAAUAUGUCUAUAAAGUGCUGGGUAAGAAGAAAACCGAAAUCCAGGGAGCCAGAGACCAAAUUGAAGUGACCUUGACAGAGGAUGACGACAUCACAUUCUUAAAGAAGGCAGCAAAACUCCGGCAGUUACCCAUCAAAGAUGUCUUCAUACCUAAACUAGAACUGGAUCAAAACUUGACACACACCGUUUAUCAAAAAGCCUUUGGCCUCAAAGAAAACGUGAAACAGUUCUUGGCUCAACCCCAGGAGAAGAAAAAAGAAGGUACAUGGAAACCGAAGCCUUUUUAUCACCACCCUUCUAACUGGUGUUUUCUUUUCAAAGGUGCACCAAAGAGAGACGACCCUCCAUCAACAUCUUCACAGGAGAAGAAGACAGAAGAGGAUGCUGCUGCUGCUGCUGCUGCUGCUGCAGACACUAAGCAGAGAAGGCGACCUGCUAAACGAUCACAAAGUCCCAACCAGAGAGCACGAAGUUCUAGCAGGCCUCAAGCAGGGAUUCCGUCGACAACUCUGGAAAGCUUUUUAAGUAAAUCCCGAGAAGAGCUUUUGGAAUUUGCGACAAAAUUCACUCUGGAUUUCAACACCGCCCACAAGAAAGUGCUGCUCUCUGAGAGGAACACCAAGAUAUCCGUGUCGGAAACUCCUCAGAAUUACCCCCACCACCCUCAGCGCUUCACCUACUGCUCCCAGGUGGUGGCCUUCCAGUGUUUCAAGCGGGGCAUCCAUUACUGGGAAGUGGAGCUGGAGCACAACACCUUCUGCGGGGUCGGCGUCUGCUAUGGGAGCAUGGCAAGGCAGGGGGCAGAGAGCCGCCUGGGGCGUAACGGCAGCUCCUGGUGCAUCGAGUGGUUCAACUCCAGGAUCUCGGCCUGGCACAACGACAUCGAGAAGUGCCUGCCCAACACCAAGCUGAAGAAGAUUGGCGUCUUGCUGAAUUACGACGGCGGCUUCGUCAUUUUCUUCGGCGUCGGCGAGAAACUCAUCCUGCUCUACAAAUUCCGGGCGCAGUUCACGGAAGCGCUCUAUCCAGCGUUCUGGGUGUUCUCCAGUGGGACCACUAUCUCGCUGUGCCAGCUGAAGUGAAGAACGGAACCGCCACCAUUUGCUUUGCUCACAUAGGGCCUGUCCAUAUGUUAACUCCUCUCUCUCUCUCUCUCUCUCUCUGUGUGUGUGUGUGUCUGUCUGUCUGUCUGUCUGACUGUCUCUCUCUCUCUCAGAAUCCUUGGCUUCAAAGCAAAAGUUCGCCCUUUUUGAAACUUGACCUUGCUUUCUGGGAAUCUGAGGGCUACUAAAUCAAAGCCACAAUCCACUAAGAAUGUUGUCUUGAAGAAGCCUCUCUGAGAGUGUCCUUAGGAAACUUUCAGAGGUGUUUUCCUGUUGCGCUUUUGGUGGACUGUAUUCCUCAGGCACACAGAACUCCUGGCACGCGUUACAGGCAAGUCUGGGGCAUGUCUGAGCAGACACUUGCUUUGCAUUGCUUCUGCCUCCAUCCCUAACACGCUGUCAGGAGUUCCGAGCACAGGAUAUCUAAGGUGUAUCCCCACUGCUGUGUCCCUGCCGGAAGAAUUCAGUUCUUGCCAUAUGGGCACUGGCACAUUCCCAAUCUCACUGUCUCAGGCAGAUCAGGCUUCAAACAGAUUUCUCUUUGAAAUAGUCUGUUGUGAUGCUUAGGGCAGUAACUUGCAUUGGGAGUUGUGUUUUGACAAACAAGAACAGCGCAGGACUGUGGAGGUGGUUGGGCAUUCCUGUAUCCGAUAUUGCUAAUUCUGCUCUUGAAGAAGAGCAGGGGCAAUCAGUUUGGUAUCACUGCAUGGAGGAGGGACGCAAAACAGUCUCUUCAGAUUAACUACCCGUGAUGUUACGAAAGGAACACCCCCUUCAAUUGCUUGGAGCAUCCAUGAAGAUGCAGAUAAGCCCCUCUUAGCUCAAUUCGUUUCUUUGGAGUCAUGGGAACUUAAGGAGCUGGUGGAGGAUUUGAGCCAUAUUCAGUAUGCCAGGACAGGAAGGUUGGACAGGAAGUGCUUGUGUUUUGGUUGUACUUCCUGGUCAAAGGCCCUUGCUGAAGGGGAACGGCUUCCUUUAGAACAACAACAAGACAUCACCAGCAGCAGUCCAUGCUUCACACCCUCUGUCUCGUUGACCGCUUGGAAUAAAGCACUUCACUUCUCAUCCUGGUCCUUGAAAAUCUUAGCUGCGGCAUUUUUUUCUGAUUUUUGAGGUAUUGGGAAGAGGCUGUGGGUGAAAUGUGAGAUCUUUCAGGCUAGUCUGGUAGAUGGAAUCUUCUGCUCUUCACUGUUGGAGGAGAUUUUGAUCCCUCUUGUUGGACACAUGCAGUUCUCCAAGGGCAGACAUUGAUGGUGUUUUGACUUAAAAGAUCACUAGUGUGAAGAACUAGCAUGCUCAACAUGGAUCAUGUCUCUGAGUGAUCCCUCCUAGCGGGCAUUUGAGACUUAUUGUGUGAUCUGCCAGUCAGCAAACUGGGAAGGACCUGAAGAAGCUGGAAAGCUAAGAUUUUCUAGUCAACAUCCUUAGCAUUCCUAUGUCUUAGAUUUCUUUAUUUGAUACCUGCUGCCGUGCCUUUCCGACAGUUACACAUCAUAAGCAAUUGAAGAGAAGUUUGCAACACUCUUUAUUAGAGAGGAGCAAGCUGGAGGCACUGCUAAGGUCUUAAGAAAAUGUGUGUUUUGUACUGUGUGCUAGUAGGCAACACGUUUGGCCUUUCUAGGGCCACUUUGCAAAGAUGCUUUUGACCAAAUCUCUUGCCUUGAAGCUCUCCAGUUUAGAAGCCUCACAUGCCAGGGGUCUUCUGGCAGAGGCGAAAUGAAAACUGAGAAGCAUCGAUGCUAGGCAUGAGCUGAGACCUCUGGAGAAAGCCUGAGAUAAAAGCAAAGUGCCACAGCAAGUUGGCCCACAUGUUUAAGAAUCAAGCCAUGGGUUUCUUCCCGUAGUCAAAGGAUCGAGGGAUAACACGCUGUUGGGAAAUAAUUCCUUUCCAAAUAUUCCAAGCAGUGACAUCUCUGAAUCCCUACUGCUAGCUGGGCUUUGGCACCAAACGACUCUAAUUCAGAAUAGUCCAGGAAUCUGAGGCACAAGUUACUGAGACCUUCUGUGGAGCUUAUGAAAAUGUAGUAGAUCGUUGGCCCUCUUCCAGAAAACCCCAAGGAAGUUCAAAAAAGCCAGGAAAGAGUGUUGAAUGAGCUGAAAACAAAGUAGGGUGUGAGGCAGACAAGGGGAACACUACCGCGUUAAGCCGUAGUGUGACUUUGAAACAAAAUACAGAAUCAACUUGAGGUAAUGGAAGAAUUGCUAGGGUGGAAGAGUUGCUGGAAUAGAGAUCUGAUUAUUCUCCAGUCUAGCAAAACCUUGGUGUUCAGGAGCUCUGGGACCACAUUUCCCCCUAAUGACCCAUGCCUGUGUAUUGUAGGAUCUGAGGACAUCAUCUCCCACCAUAGAGAGAAUUUUGGGUGUGUAUCCUUUUUCUCAUAAGGCCUACUAACUACUACUUUUUUUGUAGAAGUGCCCUUGAGGACUACUUUCUCAAAUGAGUUGGGUAUUUUACCUUAGGUAUUCUUCCUACAAAUGCUCGUGGGCUCUUGACACACUUUCCCAUGUGUUUAAAGAACCCACAAGCUAUAAAGCGCAGUAGAACCAGUUCCCCUUAUCCAAACUUUGUGUGGUUUGGGAUGUUUCCUACAGUGACUUGGUUGAUGCCCAGCUGCCCUUCUGCUCUCAUUACGAUCUAGCUUCCUUGACCUUUGCUGAAGUCUUCUUGAUUAUGUUGCAAUGGGUUUUGAGAUGAUGAUCUUUGGGAAUCUCACUACUUUUAGUCUUUUGCCUGGCACAAAUAUUGACCACUGGCUAAAAGUUGAUCACUGUUUUUGAUUGUUGAGAUAAAUAUGAAAGGUAAUCUGUUUCUUCUUAGGUUAAGGCUUCUUUCCUAGCCUAGAAUACCAUGGGGGCAGGGGUGUUAUGACAAGACAGGCAGUAGAAUAAUACUAAUGGAUCCAGUCAAGGAAAAUUUAAACGUAUUACGUCCUAUUGGUUUUGAAUGGAAGGAUGCAGAGCCUCAUCUUUCAACUCUCCUUGAUAAUCAGUGAUACAAUGUGAUUGUCUGCUGUUGUUUUCCCAGCCCAGAUGAAACUCUUCACCGAAAAGCAAUGUUCGCCUAGCAGUGUGGCUGUGUUUACAUGGAUACAUGGUUGGCUCAAUUAUAAUAAUCUAGUAUCUAAGCUACCAAUUUCUGCCCAGCUUUUCUGUGUAGUAAAUGAAAUGAAAGCUUCUCUUGUCUGCAACACUGUUGGGAAAUAACUUCAGCAUGCUUGGAAACUUGUGUAGAAGCACAGAACAUAAAAAUCUAAUCUAGCCAAUGUUUCUUCUAGUUCAGAUUGUGAACCAUGUUGAUCUGUGGGUUGGUUUUAGGAAGCAGAGGUUAAAAAUAAGAGAGUGAAUGUUUUUGGCAUUCCUCCAUUUUUUUGCCACUGGGCUGCCUUUGUGAUUGGCCCAUUGCAGUGUCAGACAAGACUCUGUCAAAUGUAAUGUUGCAAUGUAUACAAGACUGCACGGCCUUUGUCUUGCAGGGUGCCUUGAUGUUCAUUAAGCGAAAAUUCAAUAAAGUUUGAUUUUAUGAUCGUUA